AUGAGUCCUCCGCAGCAACAUGCUCGUACUCAGACGUCCAAUACCCGCCGAGCCGCUCCCACACAUGCUCGCACGCUAAGACCUCCUCCACUGGGUCCUAGAAAGAACAGCCACUCGGGUCAUUCAAGAAAGACUUCUAUCGGCACAAAGACUAUCACCACUUCUGCCAAGAACAACCACAGAACAGAUACAGCUAUCGCCCCAGAGGACGAAGACAUGGCCGGUCUUCCUCAGUUCUGUGCUACCUGCGAGAAGCAGAUCCUCACACCUGCCUGUAACUCGAUCCUCUACUGUUCAGAGAGCUGUCGUCGAAAGGACCACAACAAGCCUCUCAGUCAUUCGAUCUUGCCCUCAGAACCCUCGCCGCAACCCACCACUCCUAGAAGCUCGUACUUCUUCGAUGACCACCAGCAUGAGAUCCUCCCAAUGCGAUCACCAACCGUUGUUCGUCCCCCAUCGUUGGCAUUCUCGGACGACAGCUUUGACCUGUCCGGCAAUGAAGAGCAACCUCAAUAUCGUCGCAGCGAGAGUGAUGGGUCUCGCUACUUCUCGCACUACAACCAUCACUCUGCCGACCACAGUCCUCGUCGCGCGAGCUAUGAUCCGUAUACCCCAUCGUUGUCACACACACCGGCUUCGCUUCUCAGUACUGUCGGAUCAUAUCUGUCUACUCGCCCACUGCCAGGUCGCAAGAACCCUUACAGUGCUUCUUUCAGCUCUCUCUCUGUUGAUCUCGUGACGCCGGUCGUCAAUGCAGAGUCACUGGCCCCAACGACCGACCUCAGUCAUCAGGCCGCUUCGCUUCGCAGCACCGCAAGUACAAGCACUGCAUUCCGCGUCGUCGAGGGAGAGAUGAGCUAUGGCAAGAAGGAUUACAUGUCCGGCACUUCGCCCAGCAAGGGUAGUCUUCGACAACUUUUCUUCCACGAGGCCAUGCAAGCUCCUCCCAGACAUGAGUAG